AAGAAAUUAAAAAAAAAGACUUCGAGCUAGUUAGAAACGGAAGAGCAGAGUUAGCCGAUUUCAAUUAGCUAGUUCACGAUGGAAAGAAGAGCAGUCCCGCGGACGGCGGACGACCUUCUAGCGAACGGCGGACGGCCUUCCUGCGAAUGGCGAACGGCGGACGGCCUUCCUGCGAACGGUGGACGACGUUCUAGUGGACGGCGGAUGGCGUUCAAGCAGCCGAAGGCGUUCGAGCGCCUUUCGAGUAGGCGAACCUUCCUCUUCAAGAAGCCGGAGUCCUAAACGCCGUAGAAGCAAGAGCAGAAGUUUAUCCCCAAUGGGCAAACGUUCUCGUCGAUCAGUAUCUAGACCGCACUCGAGGUCUAUUUCUCCUAUUCACUCUAUUUCAAGUGCAAUGGAGGCAAGUCGUAGACUCAACUCAAGAAAGGGAAGAGUGAAAUGGAUUAUUCCUAUGUCUCGGAUGCAAGUUGGGAGUUAUGAAUGUGGUUAUUAUGUAAUGUUGCAUAUGUUGAAUAUUGUUUCGGCGGUAAUUCUUGAAAUGUGGGAUGAGCGAUUCGCCAAUCCGGAACCAUUCUCAUCAGAAGAGAUUGAUGAAGUACGGACUCGUUGGGCAUCAUACUUCUUAGAAAUGACGCAAUCCAUCAACGACACAUGAUGAACAUGUUUGUUUAAGUUUUUGAGUGAUGAUGUUAAACAAGUACAAUGUGUUAUUACUCUAGACUUGUGCAAGGAUUGUUUUAUUUUAGCUUGUUAUUAUGUACUAAGUUGUUACUUGAACUUGUUUAACAUUUGUGGAAGAAUUGAAAAAUAGCUUGUGUUAUUGUUUUAGAUGGAUCAAGUGAACAGGUGAAAAA